GAGGGGGAUGAAGAUGGACCUGAGGGAGAUCCUGGCCGGAGGAGGGAGCGUCACUGAGAUCCGAGCCUCUGAGGUUCUGAUCAUAAAGCCCUCUGUAAACCCUGAAGAGAGGAAUACAGGAGGAAAAGGGAGAGAGGAUGGAGAGAUGAAGUGCAGCAUGGACGUAAGGAGGGAGAGUGUGAGCAGGGAGCUCAGAACAGACGUGUCCUGGCUAAGAGAAAAAGAGAAAGAGCCUACUAAGGAGAGAGAAAGACCACGGGGCCAGGCGACAGUCAUUAAAGAAGACAGGAAGGACAGCUUGGAUGAUAAUGUUUUUGUCGAGAGGGGAGGGAGGGUUAGCCAGCUGCUGAGUAAAUUCGGAGAGCUCCCCAAGCCACCAUCUCGAUCCAAAAGCUCUGAUAACGUCCUCCGGCCUGGGAGGAGAAAAUACUCAGGAGAUGAAGAUGACCAACAAUCUGAGGAGAGGAAGGCAGACUGGAGGAAAAUUAAAGGCGCGCCAAAACGCUCACUUAGCUUCUCUGAUCGAGUCAUCUGUGCUACGGAGAAUGGUUUAGAUGACGAACGGAGUUAUGAGAGGAAAAUGCGUGAGAGGAUACAUUCAGACAAGAGUGUGGCACCUUUGGUAGACAUUAGAGGUUUAGGGAAGGAAACCACAACAAAGAUCAAAAUGGGAUGGACACGGCUUUUAGAUAAAGACAGGUUUGGAAGGCAUAGAGAUGGACCUGUAAAAAAUGAGGAUGAAAAGGGGGGGCCCAUGCAGAGGAGAAACGAGGCAGAAAUGUGUAUCUCCGUCCAGCACAGGAGUGAAAGGAGUGAUGUUAAGAAAGUCGAGCCCGUUGAUAAGAGAGCUGCAGAGAAGGCAGAUGAUGCAGAUGGAGACGAGGGGUUCACAGUUGCGUCUGUGAAAAACACAGAGGGAAUCUCGUUUGCUAGAAGAGUACCAAUCAGGCAAGAUGGGAAAGCAAGAGCUGAAAGAGAAGUAAAGCGACUGGCAGGUGAGAAAAGUUUGGAGAGGGAGCUGAGUGUAGAGGAAGAUUCAGAAGCAGGAGGGCAAAUUGAGGCACAAGUUAGCGACAAAAAGGUGUUGGAUUUUCUGAGAGAAGAUGGAAUUGAAAGUCAGUUAAUUCCACCUGAAACUCUGCAGGAUUAUGUCAUGGCUGCAUCAGCAUACACGGCAAGCCCAUGCCUCGCUGAGAGUCACGACAGGCAUGAACCGGAUGUCGCAGAGUGCUCCAGUCUACUCUGUACGGUCACAGAUAGGGCUAGAGACCCCCACAGAGGGCCAGAGUGGAGUGGGACAGGGCCACAAGGACCCUACUUAACGCACUCUGUUUUGUCCCAGCACACAGAGGAUCUCAUAAGUAAAAUAGAAAAAAUAGGAGACACAACUGUUUAUAGCAACGAGAAAGGAGAAAGGGUUUACAAGGCUGCUCACGAAGAGUGCAAACAGGAAGGACAACACUACAGUGAUGUCGAAUCCGAGACCCUCAUUCAAGACUUAACACCCAGGUCUCCAAAAAGGAUCACACCUAUGGGGACCCCUCCAGCUCCCCUGGAGAUUCAAAUCCCCAGGACUGUGUUUUAUGUUGCAGAAGAAAUGGUGGAGAGAACAAAGGCUGUAGGUCAAAGCGACAAUGGACAGGACUGGGAAGGAGGAAAAGGGGUCGAGAGGAGGGAUAGCUGGAGGAUUGGAAAGCCCUUGAGCCGCGUCGAGUCCCUGCGAGAGAAAAUUAGACAAAGAGAGCUGGAGAGGCUGAGACAAAGAGAGACACAGGAGGGUGACGGGAGCGAGGCUGCAGGGAUCAAUGAUACUCACACAGCUGGGGACAGGUUUGACGAAAGGGGAAAUGAAAUAGAGCAAGAGUGGGAAGCUGCUGCUCAUAUGCGGAAGAGGCUGGUUGAAGCAGAGAGGGGACAGGAAGACACAGCAGAGCAGACAUCCAUGGCUGCAUUUGACGUCAUGCAGGAAGUCAACGUGUUGAAAACCUGCCCUCAGCUUCCUGUGUCUGUCCCACCCUCACAAGCUGUCAGAGGAGAGGAAGUAACAAGCGGGUACGCCACUGCUGCCUCCGAAGUUACCUCUGACAGCUCUCAGAUAUCUGAGGAUGAAGACGAUCCCCUGAAACAUGUGGAAGAACAGCUGAGGCGCCACAGGAGCCGACACGAGAGCAGAGAAGAAGAGAGCGAGGAGGAAGGAAAAGAGCUGUCAGAGGAGGAGGUAGAGGAAUAUAUAUCACCUCUCGAUCCCGCGCGAUCUCUAUCCCCGUCACCCCCUCAUCCCAACUCCCUCACAGUCAUGAACCGGAUCUACAACUUGGAAACUGUCGGCUCGAGGUCAGGUUUGUGUCUCAGGGAGAGGACUGUAGACAUCUCAUCAGUGCACCUUGUUAAAGUGAAGCCCCUGAUAUCAAACGCACAGCAGGGGGACAGCCACGCUUUAACAGGUGAAGACAUUGGUGGGGUGCAGACAAUACAAGAACAGAUAGAGCAGUUUCAGCUGAAAGAGCAGGAAGUGCUGAAGUCUUGUACAGCGCAAAACUUCUGUCUUAAGGACAGAGAGACAAAAAGGCAGCAAAGCCCCAGGGGAGUGUUAAAGCAUCAGGUAAAGGAUGAUGCCAAGACCAAGGAGAAGGAUCAGUCAGAAUCGAACUACAAAAUGUCACCUCAGCAAGUUUGUUCUCCAACAUUUCAGCUCAAAAAAACUAUCAUCGUCAACCCCUCAUUUCUCAGGAGCCAAUCCCCGGACAAUUCUCUAAAACCCUUCGAUUGCACCCCGACCCCAGCCUCCUCCCCGAGCUCCCCAUCUCCGGCCCAGUCUCCCAGUGUCUCUCCAUCACCCACCCCAUCGCCCCCGCUCUUCUCCAUCAGGAGCGCCUCUGGGGGCCAAGUGAAGAGAGGCGCCACCAUCACAAUCAACCCAAAAAGACAUGCCACCGGAGGAGGAGGAGGAGGAACAACGGGGUCCAAUAAAGGGUCUACAUCAGCAGGGUCAGCUCCCACAAAGACCCCAUCGCAGCAGGCCAAGAUAACCCCUGCUUUGGCCGAACCAACAAAGAAGAGAUACCCCACAGUGGAGGAGAUCGAGGUGAUUGGUGGAUAUCAGAAUCUGGAGAGGUCUUGUCUGGUCAAAAACAGAGUGACCCCGAAAAGGGUGAAGGUGUGUUUCGAUGAGGACCAGCUGGAGCAGGUGUGUGAGUAUCCGUCCGAGACCUCAAUUCUAGCGUGUACCCUUUUCCCACAUGACCAUGGGAGGCUGGAGAGGCUGCAGGGAGAGGAGGCGCAGCAAGCGGAAGCGGAAGCGGAAGCGGAAGCGGAGGGAGGAACGAUCUUGUCCAAGAGCACAAGGAACGUUGGGACUGCAACGGGACGAAGUCUAAGAGUGGAUGAGUCUUGCCCUCGGUCAUCUUCGCCAAAAUUGCCCAUGUGAUGAGAUCACCGUCAUUUUGUUGAACAACAUUGUGAGAUUUUUAUUGUGUUUUGUUUCAUUUGAAUAAUUGACUUGAGUGUUGAGGUGAGUGUUUUGUAAUCCCUGUGGUGUUUUAUUUAGCAUAAGAAUGGAUGAUUGUUUUGGAAGAAAUGUUCAGCUCAGUUUGAUUUAUGCAGUUGUAAGAGAGACAUAAUUGUGUUUACUGGGGAAAAUAUCACCUAGUUUAUUUUCAGGGUCACUGAGGGACACGAGUGAAUGUAUAAGCAGGGUAAAUAUUGUAAAAUAAUUAUAAAAGACCCUCAGGUGUGCACUGUUGGGCGGUGAGGGAUCACUUGUCUAUGCAAUAUAAUGAAACUGAUAAGAUUUAUUUUUUAGUUAAUAUAUUUCAUAGUUUCUUCUAUGUUAAUUACUUUCCAAAUUAAAGUCAGCACUGCCUCAGCACAGAAGAGCAAUGUUUAUAUCAUCUGGUUUCAUGUGCCUGCUGGAUUUGCCCAUACAGAUGAUAUGAAAAAUCAGUUAAUGUAAAUAUUUGACUUUUCUUGUAUGAGGUCUUUCAGAAAAACCUCCUCUCAGUGGGUAUUGUGUGCAGGAAUGUCGAACAUUGCCAGAACGGGUUUUGGUGCAAUGUGUGAGGCAUGCAAGUCGUUGUUUUAUGUGGGGUUAAAUUGAGCCUUACUGUUCACAAAAACAACUGCGGUAACAGUUCAGUUAAUGUGUAUGGAUUUAAAUAAAGGUAUUAUUUUGUUAUUUUUGUCAUGUGGAAGUGGAGAGAGUUGUGUGAUUGGAAGUUGCUGAGAGGAAGAAGAGUUUAUAACAGAAACAAUUCAAUUACCAGAUUAAUUUCAGCAUAAUAUGGCUACUGUCUCACUUUUGGCUGUAUCACAUUUAUAAUACAAUCUAUUCCAAACAUUUCAUGUUUUUAAAUUAAUAUUCUAAUUGGUAAAAGUAUUUGUGAAUUAUGCAAAUUAUGUGCAAAUUCUUUGCAAAUUUUUUUCUAUCACCGUUGAAGAAGCUGGC